AUGGGAAAGAUCAUCUUCUACGAGGACAGGAAUUUCCAGGGCCGCUCCUAUGAGUGUAGCAGCGACUGCGCUGACCUGCACUCCCACUUCAGCCGCUGCAACUCCAUCCAGGUGGAGAGCGGGUACUGGAUGGUCUAUGAGCGCCCCAACUACAUGGGGUACCAGUACUUUCUGCGCAGGGGGGAGUAUCCUGACUACCAGCGCUGGAUGGGCUUCAAUGACUGUGUCCGUUCUUGCCGCAUGGUCCCACAUCAUCAAGGAUCUUACAGCAUGAGGAUCUAUGAGAGGCCAGAUUUUGGUGGGCAAAUGAUGGAGUUCACUGACGACUGCCCCUCCGUCUACGACCGCUUCCACCACAACGACAUCCACUCCUGCAACGUGAUGGACGGCUACUGGCUGUUCUAUGAGCACACCAACUACAGGGGGCGCCAGUACCUGAUGAUGCCCGGAGAGUACCGGAGAUACGGUGACUGGGGUGCCAUGAGCCCGAGGAUCGGCUCUUUCAGGCGCAUCAUGUUCAGCAGCUAG